GGCGGCGGAGCGGGCGGCCGCGAGCGCCGCCGCCUCCUCCUCCAUGGCUGUUUACCCGGCUGCAUUGUGGGAGUUUGACCUCCGCCGCCGCCAACCGCCGCCUCAGCUUGCGCCGCCGCCGCCGCCGCGCACGCCAUGGGAGCCGUGACUGACGUUUGGAUCCAGAGUGUUUAGGAACACCAAGAAAAAGCCAGUGGUGUGUUUGUGUGCCUGCAGAAUUUCUUGCUAAACUGCCUGCAGAAAAGAAAUGCUGAUCCUUACUGUUAGAUCACAGAAUUGCUAUUUCUUGAAAGCAGACGAAGUCAUACGGAAGCGUCUCCUAAUUGAUGGAGAUGGCGCUGGAGAUGAUCGGAGAAUUAAUCUACUAGUGAAAAGUUUCAUUAAAUGGUGCAACUCUGGAUCCCAGGAAGAGGGAUACAGCCAGUACCAACGUAUGCUGAGCACACUGUCCCAAUGUGAAUUUUCAAUGGGCAAAACUUUGCUGGUGUAUGAUAUGAAUCUCAGAGAAAUGGAAAAUUAUGAAAAAAUUUACAAAGAAAUAGAAUGUAGCAUUGCUGGAGCACAUGAAAAAAUUGCUGAGUGCAAAAAGCAAAUUCUUCAAGCAAAACGAAUACGAAAAAAUCGCCAAGAAUAUGAUGCAUUGGCAAAAGUGAUCCAGCGUCAUCCAGACAGGCAUGAGACGUUAAAGGAACUAGAGGCUCUGGGAAAAGAAUUAGAGCAUCUUUCACAUAUUAAAGAAAGUGUUGAAGAUAAGCUAGAAUUGAGAAGGAAACAGUUUCAUGUUCUUCUUAGUACCAUCCAUGAACUUCAGCAAACACUGGAAAAUGAUGAAAAGCUCUCAGAGGUAGAAGAAGCUCAAGAAACAAGCAUGGAAACUGAUCCUAAACCAUAGACCAACUAAUCACUCACCAUUCCCAAGAAUAUUGAAGUAGCAACAUGAUCUUAGUGUGUUCAGAAUUUGUUGUUCUCUUGAGACAUUUAAAGUUUUGGCAGUGAACUACUUUGCUUUUAAAUUUUAAUGCACAGUUCAUUCAUAUUUCUUCACAUAAAGGGAGAUGACUUCGUUAUAUAUUUGUUUUUAUUGAAAUGCCUUUUUUGUACUUAAAAGAUAGGAAGCAACAUCCAAAAAUGUUUAAUGAAAUAUUUUCAAGCCAGAUAUGUUAGUGCUCAUUGGUAUUCUAGGUAGUUUUUAACUGGUAACAUUGAUUUGCUCACAAAAUAAGUGGAAGAUAGUGAGAAGGUGGCAUUUCUAGGAUGUACCUGAGAAAAUUAGUCAAUUUCUGGAAAUCGUUACCACUUUUGAAAAUGAAGCCCAUGAAUACGCUCUCAGGAGGGCUGUGAACUUAUGAAAUUAUGUACAAAAUGUUUGUGGUGUAUGCUUAUUGUGGGAGAGGUUCCAUGAUAUUAAGAAUCACUGAUAUCAGAGGUAAUUACAAGAUGCAAAGUAAAUCAAUAUGCAUUACUUUCUAGAUCUCUGUCCUUAAUACUUCAGCAAUGUGGCUGUUAAAUGUUUUGUUGAAAUGUUUUCUCUCUAUCGUUUUGUUCUGUAGGAGUCAUUUUCAAGAGUCUUGCAAAAAGGAUUUCAUGAUCUUUUUAAAAAAUUAAGCCAGGUCUGAAUCACUUAUAAUUGUCUUACGCAUUGAAUUACAUGUCUAAUACUUACUAGGGUCUAUCCUUAUCCAUUUAUUUUAAUUCAGAAACAUAGCAUUUUGCAUGAAUCAUACCUUAAUAAUGCUACAUUUUUGUAAUUUUGAUACAAACUCGUAUCUUUAAAAACGAAAGUUUAAAGUUAGCUCAAUAGUAGUCACAGUGAAAGUGUCAAAAUACUUUUAAGUGCUUCCUCUAAUUUCAUCUGGCAAAUUUCAUGGGAGAAAUUUCUUUGCAGAAUUGCUAUACCCUGAUAAAUAUUUCUAUUUUCCAUUAUUAGUAAGAAUUAUGAAGCAAAAAUUUGCUUAUAUUGACUCAGAAUUAAAAAUCAAUUUUUCCAAAAG